UUGUUUGCGUCUUGUACAUGCCGUGAAAAUUAUUUUCACCCGUUUCUGUUUGUUUGAAGAAAGUCUUCUCCGAGUGCUUCGUCAGUAAGGAGCGUGGAAAUGGCGAGCGUGUCGUAUCACAUCGCCCAUCUUCUGGACAAGAUGACGUCCAGCGAUAAAGAUUUUAGAUUCAUGGCCACAAAUGACUUGAUGGCGGAGCUUCAGAAAGAUUCCAUCAAGCUAGAUGAGGACAGUGAGCGCAAGGUGGUAAAAAUGCUGCUGAAGCUGUUGGAAGACAAAAACGGGGAGGUGCAGAAUCUGGCUGUCAAGUGUCUCGGCCCCCUGGUGAACAAAGUCAAAGAAUUUCAAGUGGAGACCAUCGUGGACACAUUGUGCAGUAACAUGUUAUCUGAUAAGGAACAGCUCAGAGAUAUUUCCCAAUUUGCCUUGGUUCUAUUUGCAGGCCUGAAGACUGUGAUAAGUGAGUUACCGCCUUCCUCUACGGCGUUAGCGGCCAGCAUUUGUAAGAAAAUCACCGGCCGACUAACAAGUGCCAUUGCUAAGCAAGAAGAUGUUUCCGUUCAGCUGGAAGCUCUGGACAUACUCGGAGAUCUGCUCAGCAGGUUUGGAGGCCUGCUGAUAAGCUUCCAUCACUCCAUCAUGCAGGCACUUCUUCCCCAGUUAUCUAGCCCGCGUCUCGCCGUGCGCAAACGUGCGAUAAUAGCCAUUGGCCACCUGGUGAUGAGCUGUAACAACACACUGUUCGUGGAGCUGAUAGAAUUCCUGUUAUCUGAACUCAGCAAGAAUUCAUCAACGUCCACCACCCGGACCUAUAUCCAGUGUCUCGGGGCAAUCAGCCGGCAGGCGGGACAUCGUAUUGGGGAACAUUUGGACCGUAUAGUCCCUCUAGUGGUGAAAUUCUGUAAAAUAGAAGACGAUGAGUUGAGGGAGUACUGUAUCCAGGCGUUUGAGUCGUUUGUUAGGAAGUGUCCGAAAGAGGUGACGCCGUUCGUGACUGAUAUUAUCCACAUUUGCCUGGAGUACAUUUGUUAUGAUCCAAAUUACAACUAUGAUGAUGAUGAUGAUGAGAGCUCCAUGGAUACAGAGAUGGAAGAUGAAGAUGAAGGAGAGAGUGAGGAGGAAUAUAGUGAUGACGAUGACAUGAGCUGGAAAGUCAGACGUGCUGCGGCCAAAUGUCUUGACGCCAUCAUCGCCACACGGCACGAGAUGCUGAUGGAAUUCUACAGGAUUGUGUCACCAGCUCUUAUUGCACGGUUCAAAGAGAGAGAGGAAAAUGUGAAGGUGGACAUAUUCCAUGCCUACAUCACCUUGCUAAAACAGACUCGCCCAACAGUAACAACAGACCCUGAUUCCAUGGAACAGGAGGAAGGGCCUGUUUCCAUGCUACAGGGCCAGAUCCCAUCAAUCGUGAAGGCAGUGAACAAGCAGUUAAGAGAAAAAAGCGUAAAAACGAGACAGGGCUGUUUUAGUUUGCUGACAGAGAUGGUGUUGGUGUUACCUGGGGCGCUGACAGAUCAUAUACCUGCCUUAGUCCCAGGCAUACAGUACUCCCUGGGAGACAAAAAUUCGAGCUCGAACAUGAAGAUCGACACGCUGUCAUUCCUGAACUGUAUCUUCAUUCAUCAUAGUCCCACAGUGUUCCAUCCUCACAUCAGGGUUUUGGUACCGCCGAUUGUGCAUGCUGUGGAAGAUCCGUUCUACAAGAUCACAUCAGAGGCUCUGCUGGUCACACAACAGCUCGUCAAGGUCAUACGACCCAUAGAUGGUUCAGCGUCGUUUGAUUUUGAACCGUAUGUGAAGAAUUUGUACACAGCUUGCUUGAGUCGUCUCAAGGCAGCAGAUAUAGACCAGGAAGUGAAGGAACGAGCCAUAGCUUGUAUGGGACAGAUCAUCUGUAACCUUGGUGACAGACUGACCAAUGACCUGAGAGUUUGUUUACCUAUAUUCCUUGAUCGGCUGAAGAAUGAAAUCACACGAUUAACGACAGUGAAAGCUCUCUCCAUGAUAGCUGGAUCUCCUUUGAAGAUAGAUUUAACACCAAUAUUGGGAGAAGGAGUGCCAAUCUUAGCCUCUUUUCUGAGGAAGAAUCACCGAGCAUUAAAACUCAGCACCCUUGCCUGUCUCGAUGUUCUUGUUAAAAAUUACGGUGCUGGUUUGACCCGUGCUAUGAUAGGAGACGUGAUGAAGGAAAUGCCACCCCUUAUACACGAGAACGACCUCCACGUCUCACAGUUGACCUUGAACUUGCUAACCUCCAUAUCAAAGAUCCACAACUCUUCAUUGUCAAACAUCCAGCAGGAAAUCUUACCACAGAUUCUGGUUCUGCUUCGCUCCCCUUUGCUACAAGGGGGCGCUCUAAAUGCCAUGCUAGAAUUUUUUCAGGCAGUUGUCAAAUCCAACUUGCCUAAGCUGGGAUUUAAAGAUUUGUCACAGAUGUUAAUCAUGCCCAUCUAUAACCCAGGUCAGCUUCCCCAGGGGGUGCUAGCAGUUCACAAACAGGCGUUUCAUUCAAUAGCAAAGUGCGUGGCUGCCCUGACGAUUAUCAGCCAAGGGGAAGGGUCUGUGGUUGUCAAUCAAUUUGUGAGUGACAUAAAGAAUGCAAAGUCAUCAGACUCAAUCCGGUUGUUUGCCUUACUCGCACUGGGAGAGAUCGGUAAACAUGCAGACCUCAGUCCCCAGGGUGAGAUCCAGGCAGUGAUAAUCGAGUCAUUCUCCUCCCACAAUGAGGAGGUCAAGGCCGCAGCCUCGUAUGCUUUAGGAAACGUCAGUGUAGGAAAUCUUCCAAAAUUCCUUCCAUUUGUGCUGAAGGAGAUAGAAAACCAACCAAAACGUCAGUAUCUACUUCUGCAUUCUCUGAAGGAGAUCAUCAGCUGUGAAUCAGCAAGCAGUAAAGGUGUGGAAACGCUCAAACCCUAUGUACAGUCCAUCUGGGGCUUAUUGUUUGACCACUGUGAGUUCCCUGAGGAAGGCACAAGGAACGUAGUGGCUGAAUGUCUGGGAAAACUGACUCUCAUUGACCCCUCCACCUUACUCCCCCGGCUUAAGAAGUACUUGGACUCUCCAUCAGCCUUAACGAGAUGUACUGUGGUGACAGCGGUCAAAUUCACUAUCACAGAUCAGCCUCAAGGCAUCGACUCUCUAUUGAGGAGCUGCAUCGGAGACUUCCUGCGGACUUUACAAGACCCUGACCUCAAUGUGCGGCGGGUUGCCUUGGUAACGUUCAACUCGGCAGCUCACAACAAACCCUCGUUAAUACGUGAUCUUCUAGAGCUGGUUCUACCACAUCUCUACAACGAAACCAAAGUUAGGAAAGACUUAAUUAAAGAAGUAGAAAUGGGUCCGUUCAAGCACACAGUAGAUGAUGGUUUGGAUAUCAGAAAGGCAGCGUUUGAGUGCAUGUAUACCUUGUUGGAUUCGUGCUUGGACCGGCUGGACAUCUUUGAGUUCUUGAACCAUGUGGAGGACGGAUUAAAGGAUCAUUAUGAUAUUAAAAUGUUGAUGUACCUGACAUUAGUGAGGCUCGCCACCCUCUGUCCUAAUGCUGUACUACAGAGGCUGGACCGUUUGGUUGAACCGCUCAGAUCUACCUGUACCACGAAGGUCAAGGCUCACUCUGUCAAGCAGGAGUUUGAGAAACAGGACGAGUUAAAGCGCUCAGCCAUGAGGGCUGUCACAGCUCUGCUGUCCAUACUUGAUGCAGACAAGAAUCCACAGAUGAAUGAGUUCCUGACCCAGAUCAAGUCUAAUGCUGAGCUGGCCAGUAUGUUUGAGAGUGUACAGAAGGACACUAUGAUGACCUCAUCAGACAGCUCUCUUAUGGACACCAGCCAAUCAGAGAAAUCUCCGUCAAACAUGCUCCUCGAUUCCACUGGCUCACUCCCAGUGAAUUAUUCAGAGGGAUUCGGCUUCAAGGGGUGGCAUAAGUAGUGGAAUAUUCCACUGUCUAAUUCCAGUUGUUUUGAUGGCCUUUUUGCCUCUCUCUCUCUCUAUCUGU